AGGGACCAUUUCCUUUCGCAAGGCCUGUGCGAAUUCAGCAAAGACAGCGCGGCCGAACCUGCGUUUGGAUCGUUGGUUAUUUUUACACCCGCUAAACUGGACAGCCGCAUGUUCGGGCGAUAGCAGCUCUGACCGACGCUUCUGAGCGCAAAAGCCCUUGUUAGUUUUCGUUGAUCGUCAGCUGCAGAGUAGCGGUGUUUUUGUUUUCAUCAACGCUGUAUCUGCAACAGCACAGCGCACCACUUCUGGAUCGUUUGAACCACAGGGAAACUGGCAAAAAAGAGGACAGGUAGACACUUUCUGAUUUGAUUGCGCUACAUCCCGCAUCGCUUUUCGGCCACAGCAACUCAUAAUUGCACACUGUUUAAAAUUACUGGUUUUGAUUACGGCAGUGAUACUUGUUAGCCACAGUUGCUCGCUAGUAUUAGCUUGCUAGCUAGCUAGUUAGCUACGUUUCUUGCGCUGUAUGCUAGCUAGCUGGCUAUUCGCGAUUGACCGUUCUGCCGUGAGGUUCAGCCCAUUGAUGGAAUAACGACGGAUCCAUACCGGAGAGAGGACCCAGUACAAUAUUCAUCCUUUUCUGUAGCCACAUCAGUCAACCAGAAAACAUCAAGGAUUGGACAGAAAUCUAACAACCCGAGUGAGAACUAGGUGCCGGUCCUGAAGGUGCGCUCCGCCUGUGCUUAUCCCCCCCCCAGCUCUGAUGAUACCAGCUGACCUGUGACACCUGCCUGAGGACACCUGCUCCCCCAUUGCCUUCACCAUGUCUGGGAUCCAGACAACAUGGCCGCCCGGCACGGAGUGCGUAGCCAAGUACAACUUCCAGGGCACGACAGAGCAGGACCUGCCCUUCUGCAAGGGAGACGUCUUAAGCAUCAUUGGAGUCACCAAGGAUCCAAACUGGUACAAAGCCAAAAACACAGUGGGAAGAGAGGGCACCAUCCCCGCCAACUAUGUGCAGAAAAGGGAAGGAGUGAAGUCUGGGGGCAAGCUCAGCCUAAUGCCGUGGUUCCAUGGUAAGAUCACUCGGGAGCAGGCGGAGCGGCUGCUGUACCCCCCGGAGACGGGGCUGUACCUGGUGCGGGAGAGCACCAACUACCCCGGGGACUACACGCUGUGCGUCAGCUGCGAGGGCAAGGUCGAGCACUACCGCAUCAUCUACCACAACGGCAAGCUCACCAUCGACGAGGAGGAGUACUUCGAGAACCUCAUGCAGCUCGUGGAGCAUUACACCAAAGACGCUGACGGCCUCUGCACCAGGCUCAUCAAGCCAAAACUCAUGGAGGGGACGGUCGCCGCCCAGGACGAAUUCUCCAGAAGUGGCUGGGCUCUUAAUCGAAAGGAACUGAAGCUCCUGCAGACCAUAGGAAAAGGGGAGUUUGGAGAUGUGAUGGUGGGGGAUUACCGAGGGACCAAGGUGGCGGUCAAGUGCAUCAAACACGACGCCACUGCGCAGGCCUUCAUCGCCGAGGCGUCCGUUAUGACGCAACUGCGACACAACAAUCUGGUGCAGCUGCUGGGCGUGAUAGUGGAGGAGAAGGGCAGCCUCUUCAUCGUCACUGAGUACAUGGCCAAGGGUAGUCUAGUGGAUUACCUGCGUUCAAGAGGCAGGACUGUGCUGGGCGGAGACUGUCUUCUCAAGUUUUCCCUCGAUGUGUGUGAGGCCAUGGAGUACCUGGAAGCCAACAACUUUGUCCACCGAGACCUGGCCGCCCGGAACGUCCUGGUGUCGGACGACAACAUCGCCAAGGUCAGCGACUUCGGCCUGACGAAGGAGGCCUCCUCCACACAGGACACCGCCAAGCUGCCCGUCAAGUGGACCUCGCCCGAGGCCCUGAGAGAGAAGAAGUUCUCCACCAAAUCAGACGUGUGGAGUUACGGCAUCCUGCUAUGGGAGAUCUACUCGUUUGGCCGCGUGCCUUACCCCCGAAUCCCCCUGAAGGACGUGGUGCCGCGGGUGGAGAAGGGUUAUAAGAUGGACGCCCCAGACGGCUGCCCGGCGGUGGUGUACGACGUCAUGAAGCAGUGCUGGACCCUGGACCCGGUGGUGCGGCCCUGCUUCCGCGUGCUGAGGGAGAAGCUGCAGCAUAUCCGAGCCAAGGAGCUCUACCUGUGAGGGGGAGGGGCGGGGGGGGAGAAGGAGGGGCAGAGGAGAGGCCCGCGGCUACGGACCACAUCCUGAGACCUGCACCAGCUUUCGGGACCUUUCUCUAACGACAGAAAGAACCCUACUCGUAACGUGUUGUACAGCGUAUCUUGACACCCCCCCCCCCC